GCGGAAGUGACUGUGUGGAGGAGUGUCUGUGAGGGGUGUUGGUCGGGGUUGUGAGGUGAUUCCGUCUGUGUGUGAGAAGAGAACAGUCUGCCGUCUGUGUGCCCCGUUCUGUGUACGUUAGACCCAACAGAAUCGCCAACAUGUCAAGCAAAAGAGCAAAGACCAAGACCACCAAGAAGCGCCCCCAGCGCGCAACCUCCAAUGUAUUUGCUAUGUUUGACCAGUCCCAAAUCCAGGAGUUUAAGGAGGCCUUCAACAUGAUUGAUCAGAACCGGGAUGGUUUUAUUGACAAGGAGGAUUUGCAUGACAUGCUUGCAUCCCUUGGCAAGAACCCAACAGAUGAAUACCUGGAAGCCAUGAUGAAUGAAGCCCCUGGACCCAUUAAUUUUACCAUGUUCCUUACAAUGUUUGGAGAGAAGUUGAAUGGCACAGACCCUGAAGAUGUAAUUAGGAAUGCAUUUGCUUGCUUUGAUGAAGAGGGAGUUGGAAUCAUACCAGAAGAUUAUCUGAGAGAACUGCUGACCACAAUGGGUGACAGAUUUACAGAUGAAGAAGUGGAUGAGCUUUUCAGAGAGGCACCAAUUGACAAGAAGGGCAAUUUCAAUUACAUUGAGUUUACACGUAUAUUGAAACAUGGAGCUAAAGACAAGGAUGAUUAAGCCUUUGUCAUAGCCGCUGCAAGAUGUUCUUUAGCUUCCUGCCUUCUCUGAGUCUCUCCUGGUAGAACUGUGCAUGCAUGUAGCUCUUUAAACAUUCUCUGUGUAUUUAUGGAUUUAUUCCAGGCCUGUUUGGCACACGCACAUCUGUAUAAGCAAACUGGAAAUGGAAGAUGUAAUUGUAACGUGUUACUAGGAAGUGUAAAGAAUUCCUGCACAGACGACCAACAGAUUCUAUCACUUUUGACGUAAGCUGGAUUUUUUGCUAUUUUGUAAUAAAUGACUGUCAAUCCAAAACAAAUUCUCAAAUGUGGUCUGGCAGAGUGGAAACGAUUCUCAUAGUUGCAGUAGUUCAAGUGAAAAAUGUAUUAUUGUCACCUUACUUAACUUCCAAUAUGCUAAAACCAUACAAGUGUUUCACCUGCUAAGGAUCACACUCCUACAUCUGGCAGCUGCCUGCACUGCACAUUGUUCUCUUCAUCUCCUGGAUAUACAUAUAUAUGUUUUCUAAGACUGUCACACUAAGCCAUGAGGGAGUUACCAUGGGGGCCAAAAAUGAUGGCAUGACUUUGCCAUGCAAAACAGUCAACUAGACACUUUUAUUUUCCGAUCUGUUUCAAUAUUUCAGCAUUUUUUAAAAUAAAAGUGUUUUUUAUCAG